AUGGGCCCGCAUCCAAGUGACCUGCAGGUGAUUGACCUGAUGGUCAAGCUGAAAUGCCUACAGCAGCAGCACCAAGAGUAUCCUGCUCAAAUGCCUCUACAGAGUCAGUGGGGUGGGGCCCUGCACCACAAUGGUGGGCAUGGGCGAAGCCCCUGUAAAGAGCCUCACCACAGCGUUUUGCACCAGCUGGAGCUUCCUGAUCAGUCCCAAGGGAUGAAGGUGUUAAGAGCUGGGAGCCGGCACCCCACCUCCAAGCUGCCCUGGCUGAACCAAAGGACCUCCGUCUUUGAUGGGUUUAGUUUCAGCCGACUUUUCCUCAACCAGCCAGUCACGGCAUCCAAGCACCUGGCCAUUGUGUCCGGGACAGAGUCUGGACGGCAGUCCAUCAACUGGGAGCUUCUGCUGUCUAUAGCUCUUGGACAAGUUCUCUCCCUGCUUAUUUGCGGUAUUGGCUUGACCAGCAAGUAUUUGUCAGAGGAUUUUCAUGCCAACACUCCAGUCUUUCAGAGCUUCCUCAACUACAUUCUCCUAUUUUUGGUUUAUACUACAACAUUAGCUGUUAGACAAGGAGAAGAAAACUUACUGGCAAUCUUGAAACGAAGAUGGUGGAAGUACAUGAUCCUUGGAAUAAUAGAUAUAGAAGCAAAUUACCUGGUGGUUAAAGCUUAUCAAUAUACCACUCUUACUAGUGUACAGCUUCUAGAUUGUUUUGUCAUACCAGUUGUGAUAUUACUUUCUUGGUUCUUCCUGCUGGUACGGUACAAGGCGGUGCAUUUCAUCGGCAUUGUGGUCUGCAUUUUGGGAAUGGGCUGUAUGGCCGGAGCAGAUGUCCUUGUUGGAAGACAGCUGGGAGCAGGAGAAAAUAAGCUUAUAGGGGAUCUUCUCGUGCUGGGUGGAGCCACUCUCUAUGGCAUCUCCAAUGUUUGUGAAGAGUACAUUGUACGGAAUCUGAGUCGGGUGGAGUUUCUAGGCAUGAUUGGACUCUUUGGUUCCUUCUUCAGUGGAAUUCAACUUGCCAUAAUGGAACACAAGGAAUUGUUAAAAGUGCCCUGGGAUUGGCAGAUUGGGUUGCUGUAUGUCGGUUUUAGUGCCUGUAUGUUUGGCCUCUACAGCUUCAUGCCUGUGGUCAUCAAGAAAACCAGCGCUACAUCAGUCAACCUCUCCCUGCUUACAGCAGACCUGUACAGUCUUUUCUGUGGAUUGUUCCUCUUCCACUACAAGUUUUCAGGACUUUAUCUUCUGUCAUUCUUUACCAUCCUUGUUGGGCUGGUGCUGUACUCCUCUACAUCCACAUAUGUUGCCCAAGAUCCAAGAGUGUACAAGCAGUUCCGAAACCCAUCAGGACCUGUUGUAGACUUGCCAGCCACUGGGCAGCUGGAACCUUCAGUAACGUACACCAGCCUCGGCCAGGAAAUGGAAGAAGAACCUCAUGUCCGAGUUGCCUAAGCUCAGGCCCUUUCCACCUUUGGUGGAGUUUGUAUCUCCAUUAUCUCUGUUGUUCAUAGAGAAAGGUAUUUAUCGGAUGCAGUUACUCAAGUGGGCUGCAAGGUAGCAAAUAGGGAAGGCUUGUCAA